AUGCUCCGGCUUCUUUUUUUCUUGGCUUUUCUGACUAGCACAGGUUCGUAUUGCUGAGAAUAAUCGUUCAAAAUCUUUUUUUUUUCAACUCUAAGGAAGGAAAUAUAAAGAAAAAAAUUGGUUUUUUUCAUCGUUUUUUUCGAGACUUUUUUUCCUAGCGACUGUAAAUAGAGACCGCAAAGCCCCGCCCCAUUUUUGCGAUAAUCAUUGACUUUGAAAAAAAUACAUAUGUGAUAUGAAUCUUCAAGCGCGUUUGAAUUUGAUGACUUCGCCGAUAGCUUUAAAAAAAAUAGAAACCAACUCUGAAAAAAACUGGGAGAAACUUUUUAGUCGAAUUAUCGUUGAAAAAAAUAUCAAACACAAAAAAAUUAUUUUUUUCAAGUUUACAUGUUAAUUUCUUCAUCAGAAACUCUUUUACAUGCACUUCGAAAUUUAUUUUUUUCUCAACUUUCUGUGCUAAGUUAUUAUUUUUUUAAUUGAUAUUAUGUUUUCUGUUGCUAAGAGAAGGAAAUUUAUUAAAUAAUAAGCUUUGAUCUCAAAAAAAGCCCAACAUUCAAGGAAAGACGGUUUCUGCAAAUACUUCUGAUUGUGAAUUUUUUUGAAGAGAAAAAAAGAGCCAUUUUGAUUUUUACUUCAUCAAAGAAAAAAAUUGAUUUAUGAAAAAAAUUUCAAAGCUGCACAUGUAUUUUUAUGAAAAAAAGGACAGUAAGUCUGGAAAAAGUUUCAGCUCACGCGGCGGACUGUGAAUGUACGAAACCCUUGACCGGCAAAGGCUUGGGAACAAAAUACGUCACAAAUCCACUCGACGAUGGUUUCCAGGCAUGCAUCACGCCUUGCACCUACGAUUUCGACUCUGGAGAUCCGACAUACGGAUGGACAGUCCGUUUCUUUUCAUUUAUUUAUUUUUAUUCAAAAGUAUUCUCCAUUUUCUUACAGGGUUUCACUAUCAUCUGGACUAAUCCUGAUCCUAUCAGUGAUGCCACCAUUACCGUCAAAGACAAAGCAACGAACGCAAUAGUUUUGAGGUGGUUUUGAGGAAAUUAUGAAAAUAUUCUUCUUUCUUCAAUCAGUUGAUGUAUUUAGCGAUUCUGACUUCUCGUGAGUUGGAGUUUUUGUGAUCUUAGGUUGAAACUUUAAGGAUCUUUUUUGGUACCUCGAAGAAAAUCCUGGCCAUUUUCCAGGAAAAUCUCAUUCGCAAAGUUAAAUGACCUUCCUUGUUGAAAUGUUUACGAAUCAUUCUUCUUGACAAAAAGUUAUCCUGGCUUCUUCUGAAUAUUUUUUGUGCUCAUGGAAAACGCCCUUUCCUUUAGUUUUUGUAAGAAUAUGAUAAAUUCAUAAAGAGCUUUUUUUUCGAGAUUGUUUUUGUUGUUUUGGCAAUUGUUCCUAGAAAAAAAUUUCAGUCAUCUUUUUUUCCUACAUGAUUUUUAAAAAAAUUGAUAGAAUAAAAAGAUAACGUUACGAAAUUGUAAUUAUCAAUGCUAUAAUUUCAGCGUUAAAUCUGGACAGAACGUGGCGGCUGGAGAUCCCAUCAAUAAGGCUCUCAGUGGAACCCAAGAAAUCAUAAUCACUGUUUCUCAGACCAAAGGAGCUCCUGGUGACCUUCCAUUUUCAAGAAAAAAUAAUCAUUAAAAAUUUUCAGCGAUUUUUGGCUCUCAAAUUUCGACGACCAACGCAAUACAAAAACCAACAACUGCUGCUACGACGACGAGGCCCCCAACCACAAAACCAUUCAUUCCGGGCGAUUUUCUGAGAGAUCCGCAGCUCAUCUCACACGAUCUUUUUAUUGCUAUAGAUGCCGGAAAAAGGCCAAGGAAGGAGUAUUUUUCACCCAGGUUCUUUCAACUUUAAGAGAAUCUAUCAGAAAAAAAAAUCGUGUAUUCAUAUUAUUCAUAAUGUGAAGUGUUGAGAAAGGUUUUUAGGUGUUUUCAAGCACAAUCUAUAUUUUUAAAAGUUCAUCGUUCGAAAAAAAUUUUUUUUUAACUUAUCAACAGUUUCACUUUUUUUAAGGGAUACCUCAUGAGAUUCAGAACGACAAUCUGGUGGGCGCAUUAUUUCCGUAGAAAUAGAUAAGUGAAUAGUGUUUAGAAUAAUAAAAAUGAUAAUGAUAAUCCCAUCACUAGGACAAUAAAAAAUAUACUUUAAAGAACAUUUUACUUUGCCAACUUUUCAAAACCUCAAAUUGAAGAUGGGAAAUGCGAUCAACACUGUGGUCAGCCAGUUGACAGUCACUACGGACAACAGAACCGACUCCGGUACCCGCCUCGGGUUAAGCACCUUGUCCCCUUACGCUCCUUAUUAUGCCCUCUCCGGACAGGUGAACUGCAAAGUUUUACUGUCAUCACUCUUUUCUGUUUUUCAGCCCUGGGAAAUGCUUGCGAGCGAUGUAAAAACAGCUUUGACCAGUGCCUCCGGCUUCUCUCUGGAUGUACCUAACGUUCAGCAGUGAGUAUAUCUUUCAUUUUCAUGAAAAAAAAUUGUAUAGUCUGUGUACCAUAACUUGGAAUUUCACCAAACGAGAUUCCGCUGUGCCGCUGCGCGCCUUUGCGAACCUUGGUCACGCUUCUUAUUUUUUUUUAGUUUUUAUUAAGGUACUUUACUUUCAUGUGCUCCCACAGCAAUAAAAAUCAAUCGAAAUCGUGAUCUAGAUUCGAAAGACGCUUCGCGAACGCACGCAGCCUAACAGCGGAAUGUCGUUCGGUGAAAUUUCAAGUCGUGGCAUACAGACUAUAAGAUAUAUUUCAAAUGACAGUGAGAACUGUGCGGAAGUUAAAGGAAACAUUUUUAAACUAGUGUUUCAAAGCAAAGAAUGAGAAACCAUAGGUAAAAUCGGAAAAGGUGGGAAAGGCUCCAAAAAAAGGCUCCAUAGAAAUUUUCCUAUUACAAGGGGGUCAUUUCACUUUGCGGUUGAGACUCUCUUGAAAUAUGGUCAGAACGCUGUUCGGUGUACCAGAAGACUGUUCUGAAAGGUUCAUUCUACACAACUUCCUCGUUUCUGAGACGCCUUAAGUCAAAGAAAACGCUUAAAACCCAUCUAAAUGGGCUGUUUUGUGGCCUGAAUCCCCUUAUUUCUCGAAAAGUAGAAAGUUGUGCAGGUUGAGACUUUCAGGAUCUCUACCUGGUACAACAAGGAUUGUUCUGGCUUAUUUUCGAGAAAUUCCCAACAAAAAAGUAUAAUGUUUUCGUGGCCCUUGUACACCAUUUCGGCUUCCUCUCCCUUUUUGUAUCAUUUCUUGAGCCUCAAAAAUCUCAGAAAAUGAAAGGCUUGAUAAAAGGAACUCUUUUUGCUGCCUUUUUGCGACCUUUUUUGAGCCUCUCUCUUUUAGCGUUAAUUUUCCACAAUUCCGACUUUGCCCGAGACAAGAAAUUUUCUAAACAAAAUAACAGAAAAAUGUUUUGCGUUGUAGAGCUCUAGUAGGGUUGGCUAAAUUGUGCUUCAACGUGAGCAACGACGACGCUCAUUCUUCUUUAAACAGUCGUCCUAAAGCUCAGAGAACGCUUCUCUAUUUCACAGCUUCAGUGUGAGUUUUUAUUCAAGAGAAGUAGAUUUCAUGAAAAUCUGAAAAAAAAAAAUUUCGGUACAUAAUUCCGUUUCAGAGCGCAGGAUAUCGAUAAGUUACCACAAGCGAAAGACGAUUUUGCCGCCCUUGGAGCAAACCUUUUGAUUGUUGGCUUCAAUCUUGCAGACACUGAUGCUGUGGGUAAAAAACCUAAAUUUUAUCCUGUUAGAAUAAAUCCCUUUCUCAAGAACUUUCAAGCGUUUUAUAGUCAAACUGCCCAUUUUUCAGAGUAAAUACUACAACAACUGGUACGGUUUCGUGAAUAUUAACGACACCACCACGAAAGCUGUUGCCACUUUUGUGAAUCCAUUUUUCCUCAACGUCGGGGACUUCUCCAGUAGUUCGACGCCAUGUAAGUGAUGAAAUUAUUUCCAUUAUUGAUAGAAGAGUUGAGUAGUAUGCUAUUCCAAAAUACUGUUAAAAAAAGUAGAUAUUUUCUUUAAAUUUGAUCGAAUUUUCACGACUUCUUUACCAUCGAUUUUCCAAAAAAAAAAACUCGCAUUUGUUAUGGCUAAUAUCGUCGCUUUUGACAGUUUGUUAUCAUGUAGAAGUCGCUUUGGGUCGGGCGAGCUUCAAUUCUCGAGAAUUUCGCUAACUUUUUAGAUUUCAUACAACAAGUUUUUUUUCCAGUUUGCGCAAACAAUCUUCCCAUGACCUACGAUGCCAUCGCCGAUGCCCAAUUUUUCUAUGAACCCACUGAUUACAACGGCAUGUCCACAACUGUAAAUGCCUGGCCUAGUGCGUUGGUCGACUCACAAAAAGCGAGAUAUUGCAACUUUGGAGACAAAACCUACACGAUUAACAAUGUGGUACGUACAGAAACUCACAGGGAAGGUCAUUACAUUGCCUUUGGGAAUUUCUUAAAAAAUCGCCAGAAAACUCUCUGAUGUACCAGAGGAACAUCAUCAAAGUCUCAACCUGCACAACUUCCUAGUUUUCAAGAAAUAAGAGUGCAAAGCCACGAAGCAGCUCAUUUAAUGGAUUUUAAGCGUUUUUUUUUUGAACUUGAGGCGUCUUUUUUCAAAAAGAAGAAAAUUGUGCAGGUUGAGACUCUUCUUUUCGUACAUCAAAGAGUGCUCUAGCCAAUUUUUAGAAAAAUCCAAACCCAAAGUAAAAUGACCUUCCUUGUUACUUCCGGCUUUUAAGUUCAAGUUUAACUUGGAAUAUGUUGAAUAAAAUGAUUUUUUUAAUCUUUGAAAAAUCCGAAUUGAAUUAAAAGUUUUUAAGAAAAUUUUUCUGAUUACCAUGAUAAACUGAGUCCUAUAAUUUCUUAGCCUACAACGGAUUUCUGUGCUUUCAGAAUUCUCUUCAAUAUUUAGGAUGGUAGCCAUUUUGUCAGACUUUUUUAACUGUGAUUUUAUUUGGUAAAAUAUAAUUGUACUUACGCCUUAUUCAAACAAAAAAAAAUGUUUUCAGGGGUCGGACACAGGAAACAAAGUGUUGGCGUUCACGGUUUACUAUGAACUCGAAAUUGAAAAAGAUUGGCUAAGAUUCUAUGGCGACGGAGUUGAAAUUGCUAGGUGGGCAAUAAUGUAAAAAUCGAAAAUAUAUGAUGUUACAGUUUCACCGGUUAUGACGUCUCAGCUUCGUAUUUCACUACCAACGCCACAACCAUAACGGCGAAACUCACAACGGACAACAAGGGUGUAUACGGUGGCUUCUACGUCUCAUUUAAUAUUGCAAAUUGACACCGAUAAUUGUAAAUUUUCUGGGAAAGCAUGUUCACUGCAAAUUUCUGACUCCGUUUGGCACUGCAAUAAACGUGUGACUUAAAUCGGCUGCUGCAGCAAAACCAAACAAGGCGUUUGUAAUCCAGGCGUUUGUAAACGACUCGAAGCACCAAAAUCUAAACAAAUUAUUUCCCAGUUUCUCGCGAUUUCAAGAGAAAAAAGAGAAGAGGAUAGCGAGUCUAAAAACGAAUACAGAAUUUUUCAUGGUGUUAUUGAUUCAAAUCUUUUUGAUAAGAAAGCUCAUUUGAACUGAAAUUUUUUUCCUCAUUUUAUUUUUUUAUUUCUUCUAAAUUGUGCAAAAAAAUCACCAGGUAUCCAAAGAAUUCUAUAAAAUAAACAAUUUUUUUCGAUGGUCUGAAAGUAGAUUUUUCAUAUUCGGUACCUAAAUACCAUUUUUAUGAAACAAAGUUUGUGAGGACUCCAAAAUUUGCACAGUUAGUGACUAUAAAAUACUAAAACUCCGACUUCCAGUGAACUUCAGAAAAUCAAAAAAUCAUGUUCAAUGUCUUAUUCGAUUUAGGCCCACAAAAAGAAGAAAAAUACGUUUUAAAGCGAUGAGAACAUAUCCGAAUAUAAAGCAACGGUUCUUUCUGGUUUUCUAAGACAUAGUAAUAACGAGAAAAUUUGUAAAUCUCUUCUCGAGCAGUUUCUUCGCUAAAAAAAACAUCUCACAGACUGAAAAAAACCUUCAAAAGCAUUUUAAACCUCUAGAUGGUUUUUUUAUAAAAACUUUUUGACCUUCAGAAGAUUCAUUUGGUUCAUCUCUAGACUUUCAUGACAUUCUUCAAAAAUGAUAAAACGGCCUUUUUUGCGAGAAAUCUGUUGAAGUCAAAAUACGUUCAGCAAUCAAAAUAAAUUUUAAUACCCCUCAAGUUUUUUUCGAUAGCUCAGUGACAGUACCGUCAGAAAAGAUACGAAAAAACGGGGUUUUGCUCAAAACUUUCUUAUAAGGAGGUCAAUAUUCCCAUUUGGUUUCUUAAGCUGUGUUUUUUUCUGUGAACUGAACUUCAUUAGAGUGUAAGAAAUAACGGUCAUUACAGCUCCAGGAAGUUCAGGAAGAUUGGAAUCCCUACAAGAAAGAUCUGAUUGAAACCCCGUUUUUCGUCUCUUUUCUGACGGUACUGUAAAAAAAUAGUAAAAUGUCGAACUCUUCUCAUUUUGAAUUUUUUUUUGCUUGCUCUAAAGAUUCUUUGGGAAAAUUUCAUUUUUUAUUUCUUUGCUUUCGUCAGCUCGCUGCCAUUCAUUCCAGUGAUUUGCGUUCAUCCAAUAUUCGCAUACGCCGUUGAUGAUGGGAAAAAACGAUCGUUCUCGCAACUCCUAUCAAUCUGCCACCGUCUCCGUAUAGCGCACAACUUUUCACAAUGUUUCUUUCUAACGUGGACCACAUUCUUAAUGAAUAUUUUUUGUUUUGUCAAACCGAGACGUCGAAUAAAAAAAGAACAAAAAAGAAGAAAAAAACGGGUUGAACCGGCUCCUGUUGCGUUCACUAAAUCACGACGUGACAGGUACAACCCGUCCCAAUUUUUUUGUGUUCGAAAAAAGACCUUCAAAUUGUGUGACAUUUGUCUAUUUGAUUUGAUCACAAUGUUUUGCUCAACACUCUUUGAUCUACAAACCUCAGACGGAAUCAAAGUUUCCGACUAGAAAAAUGACAGAGAAAUUGAAGGGUGGGCUUGAGGGUAUGGGUUGGCUCUGGAUUUUCAUUCACUUGUCAAACUGAGAAUGAAAUUUCACAUAAGCCGUUCCAAGCAGAAAUGACUCUUAAAAACCUCAGAAAUGAGCAGAAAACUACAAGAACGCCUACGGCUCAUUUUUCGCAUAUUUUUACUGAGAUCUUCUAUUUUUUAAGCCAUGAAAAGAAAACAUAUUUUUGGAAUCAUUUAUACAUUGACGUUCUGAAAAUAUUAAAAAUGAGCUGAUCAGUUUCAGGCCUCAAAUAUCUAUUUUCUUAACAUUUUUGACAAAAAAAACCAUCACUUCCUAAGAAAUCCCACGUUACUGUUUCUCUUUAGAACUACAGCAAGUUUGCGACUUUUCCGAUGAAGCAGUGCUAGAUUUAGACGUGUCCGUUCAAAACCGAUAUUACGACGAGAACCUCGGCAUCUGAUCAGAAGGAUCAGUCGCAAGCCAGCGGCCGAGGAGGCGUGGCCUAGGACGAACACGGCGGCGGGACGGUACGGUAGGCCAGCCUGCGACGUGUGGCGGCACACCGACCGACUCUCGGCUGCGAAGGCGGUCCUUGCAUGUGUUUCGUUUUUCGUUCUUUCGCGCCUCUGACUCCCCCGCCUCACGGCUCUUUGCUCCUCUUAAAACUACUGAUGACAACGAUCGCUUCAUAAAUACUUACCUGUUACUUGGGUUCCGAGUAUGAAGUUUUUCAGCGAUUCUAUGAAUGGGACAACAUUCUUAUCUCAUAUCUUUUUUCUCAAUAUGAUCUUCAAUUUUUCGUUUUUUCACAUUUAUUCUUCAAAUCAUAAUGCAUUUGAAAAGUUUUGAUUCUGACUUUUUUUUCGACUUCUCUGCUCGUUUUUUUGUGUUAAAUAUCAUGCCUAGGUGGUUGAACUCCUGUUUCUAUAGUCUAGCAAUCGAUUGAGAUGAAGUUUCCAUCACAUUUUUUCACACUCUUAUUGCCAAUCUCAUUUCGAAGCUUGCAAUUUUCGAUAUCAUUUUUUCAGAAAGCUACUGAUUUUUUUUCUCAAAAAAUAGACUCAUCCAUCUGAUAAUUUAUGAUGUUCAACAUUAACUAUUUCUAAGAGAAAAAUGUCAUAAAUUUCGAAAUUUUCAGGCCAGUCAUGGCCCAACUGCCUUUAUCGUUUUUCGACACGGAUGCAAAAGCCAUGUUGAAUACUUUGAACGUCCGCUUGAACGACAUUGAUCUGAAGCUCAGCAUCGUUAUUGAACUAUUGGCUACUCGUUUGCCUGACCAAAGGUGCUUGGAUUUUCGCUUUCCGCAAAAAAUUUACCGAUUCAAGACUCACAUCGAUUUUCACUUCUCCUCCGCAGACAGUUAUUUCUGAAGCUCCGCCGCAGUCUUUCACACCGACGGUUGGCAAUUCGACAUCGGAAAAAACAGCUUCACCUAAAGUGAGCCAUACUUGGAAGUUAUUAUCAUGGAAGAAUGUCUCAGACCGACUGCAAAGACGACUCUGACGGCGAGUUGGACAUGGAGGGUGAAGAAGACACCGAAGAAAUGUACGAAAAUGAGAGUCAGCCAAGCCAUCGGAACUCAACUCCCAAGGAGACUGAGGUGAGCUAUCCAGCUUUAGAAGGAAAAAAUAAAUGAAUCUUUUUUCAGGAAGAGAAGGUCAUGCAAGAUGGUCCUUUUCCGGAAGGUGCCGUCAAGAGAGCUGCUGAGAAAGCCGCUCGGAGUUUCCAGAGCACUCAGCCUAAGGUCAGUUUGAUAUUUUUCUACAGUCAGUAUGUAUAGCCCAAAAGUAUUUUUUGAUGAGAACUCCAUAAAGUUGCGAAAAAAUACCAACCAAUUCAAAGUUUCACAAACGAUUCGCCUCACCUUUCCAAUGGGAGGCACAGGCUUUUUUUUUUCUUACCUCUUGUCCUCCAGCGUUCCUUUGGCACUUUGAAAGAUUUUAUCUUGAAGACGCUGUCGGUGAAUGCGUGUUCGUUACUUGCCAGUGUUUUUUUUCCGCUGAGGGUGAUCCUCGGCGCGUUUUUAUGGCUAUUGUACGCUGCAAGUGACCUCAAGACGUCGCAAAAAACGGCUCGAAUCAAACGAGUUUCAAUCUUUUUUCAAACGGCCUCGCAACUUAUACACACGCAACGUUUUUUUUUUACGCGCCCACUGGGCACAUGCUGGGAGGCCAACAAAACGGAACGCCGUUCCAAAUUAUCUCCUUUUGGGUUUCUUUUUUUGAGGAUUAUUUGGAGGAUUAGAAACUGCACUUUGCGCUAAAAUCUAGAAGACGUUAUGGUUCCGGUAAUGCAGACGACGAAUAAUAAAAACUUUCUGAACCCUUAUUUUGAGAGAAUGGAACGCUUUUUUGAAUCGCUGAAUACUGGAAGCUGCGGUGGAAAGAACGGCUAAUCUAACGCAGAUAUCAGGUUCCGAACCUCGAUCAACCUGUCCUCAAGUCGGACUGAACGUUAAUGAAGCCUCAAAACUUGAAAUACUUUUGAAAAGUUUAAAGUUUCGGAUAGAUUUUUGAAAUUUUAGGGGGCACUUGUUUUUUAAUCUGCCUUAGACAAUAGAAGAAAAUUAUUUUUAAAAAAAUAUUUCGGACCCAUGAGUUCCUAGUGAGAAUCUCAACUUUUGAAUAGCUUUUUAGACAAAAAAUUGGGAAUGACAAAAAAGUGAAGAUAAAAACUUUUUCCCAAUUUUUUCAAUUGCUUGUAGGUUUUCAAUGAUAUUUCUUAAAAUAUGUGAGAAAAACCCUAUUUCAGCACUCGAAAAUAAUUAUCAACAUUUCUAAAAGUUGUGAAUUCAUGUUCCGACUUGAGGUAAGAAAGCCGAAAUUGUCUUGUUGUUGUUGUGACAGGCCGAUACUUUGACUUUUCGUGUCUUUACACGUCUCGACUGUCGCAUUUCAGCGCACUGUCUCUUUCCAGCUGGCGCAAUGCCAAACCGGUGUUCAUCCAUUUUGAUGUCGAGGUUGAGUUAGGGUCGCUCUCUUUUUUUUGUCAUUCAGGACAAUCCUUGCCCACAGGGUUUCCAGGUGUGUUUUACCACCAUUCCUCCACUCCAACCAGCAAAAUUUAUGCGCGCUAAGCGUAGCCUAAAAAUGAAAAUAUGCAAAUUUCAAUAGGAAUAGGCGGAGGCGGUCGGUUGCACAAACUGAGGUGUGGUCCAUGCAAAAGGUUUGCUCUCUGGACAAGCCAAGGACUGACCAUCUUUGAAUUUUCUUUCGAAUUCUUCAGUUUUCGAAGAAAGAUCGUGGGAAAAAAUUUAUUUUUUCUUGAUCCGAAAAUAUGGCGGCUGUUAUUCCAAUCAACGUGUUUUGCCGUGUCAUCUUCUCAGCAAAAAAUUAUGUAGAAAUCAAAAGAGCUGUUUUGAAAACUUUCCGAUAUUUUGACAGACCCUGGGAAAAAUCACGAACUCAAGUUCUCAGGCACGGUUAUUUGCAAUGUUAUUCGGGAGAAGACGGCCAAAUCACAGCAAAAGGGCCGCGAUUUCACAAUCGAAAAGUUCCCACGACUCCAGUAAAAUCGGAUCCACACAUACUUUUUCCGGAGCCUCGGUCAUAACAAAGUCUUGUCCGAAACAGGAAAAAAACUAUUGAGACUGGGAAAAGUCGUUGCUGCCGGCCGAUCGGAGCCGAAUGCAAUAACUCGUGGGAGUACCUCCUUUGCAUCAGUCCGGCGCUUUUCACAUCGUGCCAUCCACAAGAAAUAUUAAGCGUCAGCCUACAGUAACCUGUUCACAAACGUUUGUUGCCUAAUGGCUCUCGAAAAUGAACGACUAGACAGAGUAAUCGAAGGAAACGAUAACAAAAGUACAAUGUACUUGUGCGUCGGCAAGUACAGUUGCGACAACGUUGGCUGGAACGUUACGCUCUAGGAGUUUGUAGUGUUGAGAAAACUGAGAUCAGGAAAUAAUAAGUCCAGUCGGCCACGUCUUCUCGAAACUCCAGAGGUACCUGAAUAAUUUCAGCCUCACUCAAGGCUUCCUGGAAAGUUUCGAAAAACUUCGGAAAAAAAGAGCUUGUGCUGGUCACUGGCAUGACGCUUUGCUUGUUGCGAGCAACUCGCCGCGCAAGCUUAUGGAAUGCAAACAUACGUUUGUGUGGGACAUUGACUGCGCGAACCGGUAUACGAGAGCUGACCAUGAAGCUCUCCGAUGCUGAUGCAUGGAUUUUUAGGUACGGGGUGAGAAAAGUUUUGAAGAGCGUUUGGAAGAAAAAUUUUGUUUCUUCAAAUACCAACCCCGCUUUGAACAAGGCUUUUAAAUUUUUCGAGCUGUUCUAGAAACGUUUUUUUCCUCACUAGAUCGGUUAUAUUUCAUUUUGAAGGACAGGUUUAGCUAUAAGGACAAUUAAACCUUACUCAUUUGUUGAACAAACUGUUUCGCAAGAAACCACGCCAAAAUCAACAGUUUUUUUUCGGAGAGAGUUCAAUGAGUCAACAGGAGGGGGUUUUUGACAAAGCCUUUGAAGUCUGGACACUUUCAUGUUGUUCGAAUUGAUCAGUUAUUCACCGAUAGUAAAGAGCAAAAUGGGCAGACCCUUGCCAAGCUUGAAAAUUUCGCAGUUGAGAUUUUUUGACUUUCCUUCUAUCCGAACUUUUCGCAAGUUGAGGGUUUUUCGAGAUAUUUCGGAUUUAUCGAUUAAUGGUUCACACUAAAUUUUUCUUGGAUUCAUUUCCCAAAUGUGAAAUUAUUGAACCACAAAAACUGAGUUGAUUCGAAAUUCGAUCGAAGCAUUCGAGUUAGAUUGGGAAUCAUGAGCAAAUGUUUUUUGGUAGAGUCAGGAAAAGCUGUUUUCGCGUGGCGACUGCCAUUGUCUACCGACGCGGUUUUUCCAUGAGCCACGUUUCCCGCCAACAAACACGGAGCCCAGCUCGUAGGCACGGUAGUCUCGCAAAUCCACACGCUGACUCGCUGUCGAAACGGUCCAGGCAGCGGAGGGAAGUACCUGUUUUUCCACCGGUCUAUUCAAAUAUUUUCUACGCGAGCAUCGCCGGCCGGUCGGUCGGUCGCACCGACAAACACGCGUCUAUGUUAUCCGGCACUUUUUGCCGCCACCAUGUCGUGGAUUGAAACCGCAAAGAUCACAAUAAUUUUUCGGGCAUCUGGUAUCGGUUUCCGAUCCGUGAAGCCUUUCAGGAAAUCUUCUUUGGAGGAACCAGAAAUGACGCACUGGUAUUGGAAUUCUGUUGAAUGCUCUUGAUACGUAGGAUACACCUUGAACGAGUUCAGAUCAUAUGUAAUUGAUUUCUUGAAAGGCUUCUCGGAUUGGAAACCGAUGUUCUGCCUCUACGUGGAAAAAAUCAAGUUUUUGGAAUAUUUAGGCUCUCAGGUGGCAGCUUUCCGUUAUGAGAGCAGUUCAUGAAUUCGUAGCUUUUUCAAGAAUAAUCGAGCGAGUCUAUCUAGUACCUUGGAAAUCUCCAGCGGUAGGAUGGAAUAGGCUGUAAUUCGAUUAUUUUAACAAAUUAAUUAUAUCUUUCAGAAGCAGCUCGUUUUAGCCACAAUCCAUUAUUAGUCAAAACUGAUUCUAAGCUCCAGUUUUCGUUUCGAGCAUCAAUUUUGACACAUUUUUCAAACAUUUUUUUAUUAUAUUUCAAUACUGCUUGAAGGAAAACUUGUUUGGCUUUUUGUAUCAUUGUAACAUUCAGAAGUUCUUACCCCAUACUGUUUUUCAAGAUCGCAAAAAGAGAAAAGAAAAAAAUUGUUUGGUCGCAAGGACACAAAAAACCAAACGAAUAAGACAUUUUAUUCUUCGUUCUAACCUUAUUUUUGCGUUAGAAGUGUUGUUAUGCUGUCGGCCUUCUAACCAGUUCUACUUCGUGCUGUUUUUGGCAACAUUUCUCAACGUUUCGAAACCGGAAAACGGGCCUUCGUUCACGCAAGAGCGUGUGUGCAGACGCAUCCACAAAACAACUCCAGGCGUCCACCGCCAAAACAAUAGUCAUCAUGCAUAGAUGUAGCAUAAUCAAUGUGACAAAUCGACAUACAAAAAACUUGGCGAAAACAGUACAAAAAACAGUCUAGAAGUUAGUGCGAACGGCACUUGACUUUGACUAAGAGGACGGCAAAAAUAAACGUCAUCCAAGGCUUGAGGAAUGCAUUUUCGAACUCACAGUCAUUCUUGAAGUGUCUGGAGACAAAUUCAGAUUGUGAAAAUAAAAAAAAAACGUUUUGUUUCAAGUUGGAGGUUCCUCUUGUUUUAAGCCAAGAAAAAAGGAAAGAGCGUUAUCGUCUUACAAAACGCUCCAAGAAAAAGGCCUCAAACGGAAUUUUUUUUUCGAAAAUUUUUUUCUUUAAAUGUCAUCAGUUCUUCACAUAGGAAGUUUUCUCUAAGUGAUGAAACUAUAUUUUGAGAAUUAUGAUAAAUUGGAGAUCAGAAAGCAUUCUGAAAACAUGUUUCAUUUUUCGAAUUUUUGAUUUUCUUGGCACAGUAUUCCUCAUAGGAUUUUUUUAUUUUUUUAACUUAGCAAGCUUUCAUUUAAACAAUACCGAAUUAAGAAAACUCAAGAACUGUUCAUUUUCAAAAUCACAGCCGUUUUCCGCGAUUUUCCGAGAUUUCAACGCAACAAUUUUUUUCUAACCAACAGCACCGUUCUUUUUUUGAUUGAGAACUGUUUUAAAUUCAUGCUGACUGAUAAUACGUCUGAAAAAACAACUCAAACAAAAGUUUCGUAUUUUUACCCAAGCGUUCUUUCAGGUUUUCGCUUGGCAAAUACUGCGAGAGUCGGUGACGGACGAAGAACUUCGCAACGUGCAAAUCUCUUUGCGGACGUUCCACGGCGAAACCGCCGACCACUUGUUGAGUCGCCAGUUGCCCAAGGUAUGUUUUGAGAAGUUAGGAAAAGGACAAGGUGUUUCGAAAGCGCUGAGAAGCUUCUCUUCAAGUGAAAAGUUCAGAAGUUGAUAUGAGCCUGUUUCGUAAGAAGCUAUAGUAAAAGCUUUUUCCCCUCGAGUUGUGUCUGAAGUUGAUUACAGUUUCAAAAAUUAAUUUUUUUUCAAAGUUCUAUUUUUUUGUUCACAGUUCGAGGGAAAAUCUAUCCUUUGAACUUUAUCUCAUAAAACCCCAUGUCUUACUUGAAAUAAUUCAUUCACAGAUCUAUACUGCAAAAAUUUAAGCUUCAAGUUACGGAAAUGAAAACAGUUGAAAGUAGAUCUAGAACAUUUUCCGAAUAUGAUGAUCAGCAGUAAAACUGUAGUGAAGCGUUCCCGAUCAAUUCUAAGCUCACAUUUUUACAAAGAUGUUCAAUCAACUUUUUACUACUUCUAUGAACCGGAAUGUGGGAUAAUACCUAAACUCUUGCCGAAAACGUUUUGACUGUAAAAAAGCAAAAAAGUCAAUUCUAGUAACUCGUGUUGCUAUCUGUUUGAGGCGUCACAAUAUUUGGCUUUCGAAAUAACACAAACACUUAGAAAAACCACCAAUGUACAGUAAGCCAGGAAACAAGCUUAAGUUGAUGGAUUGCGCAGUCUGGAUCAGAAGUUGAUCCAAUUUUGCUUCAUGACCAAUUUAAACCGGGUGGCAAAAGUGCAAACGGGCGGCGACGUCCGAUGACAAGCCUUUUGGAAUGGGACAUCCUCGGUUCUCACAAGGUUCAUGCGUCACGUCGCGCUAUUCUAGACAUCAAUUCGAAACGAAUUAUCGUAGGAAGUCACGCGUUACAGUGACUCAAAAAGGCUUUUCCUUGUCGGUGAUUGGUUUAUUUGAAUGGUGGAGUGGAAAAAUAUGAUUUAAUACCGGAAGAACCAUUUUAGGGGAAUGAAUCAGCUCAGUUAAAAAUUUUACGUUUUUUUCGGCUUUGCUUAAUUAUUGACUGGCUUACUUCUUGUAGAAGCUUUCCAGAAAAAUAUUUCACUGUCAAGAUUUUAAAGCACUUCACGGUUUCAUGAAUGAAACGUUUGGAAACCUAUUCUGUAUAGAAAGUCACUUUACAUCACUUCAGGAUCUUCACUCUCAUAAAUGCUACUUUCAGAUUCGCCUCGUUGUCGAAGCUACCAUGAGAUACUUCAAGUGGGAUCUGCUAUCGGUCGAAAGCCAGCUGAGCAAGGCCAAGCUCAUCCUGAGCCAUCUCAAGAACAACGCCAAAGUUCGCAAUUGGACGCUCCGUGAGGGUCGCCCCAAUAGGUAUAUUUCCUUGCCAUACUUGAACCAGUCCUUUCUGAGCAUCAAAAACACAAACGACGUGUGCCAAAAGACCAUUCCAAUGCUGCGCCUUGCGGGACCAACAAAAACCGCCGGCAAACAAAAAAUACAAAAAGAAUGUUUGAUGGUCAGCUUCUCGUGUUGCUGUUACAAAACCUGCUUCACCGCAAAACGCAUUCCUGUCACAAAAGUGUCAAAUUCAUAUGAUUCGCAAAAAAAUUCAGAAAGAAAUUUUCAUCGAGCAUAAUUUUUUUAGUUUUUUAUUCAUUCAUAUAGUAGUUAAAAUGGGCAAGUAUUGUUCUUGGUUUUCUCCCACAAUUUGAUUAAGAACAAUUUUUUGAUCUGAAGUUUGAAUGGGCUUUUAAGAAAGAGCUAAAAAACGUACAGGAUGCCGCAAUCGUGCUCUGUGGCAAAUUUAUUUUCGAAACUUUUCGAAAUUCCAAGUUUCAUCAAUUACGGACGAAAAACUGGAAAAAAUACGCCCAUUUUUGCUACCGUAGGUGUGAAGCCUCUGAACGACAAGUUAUCGAAAUUAUUAGCCUAAUUUCAACUGCAUAAUGGAACCGACAUUUCAAGCCAUUCCAAGUGGAUUUUCACAAUGUUUCGUGUCGGAACAAAAAAAAUAUUGUUUCAGAGUUGCUGCUAACACGCCUCCGCCGAACAUGGAUAUGAUCUGGAAACGUUACGUGGCUCUCCUCGGUCCAGCUGGCCUCGCCGCUGGAAUCCUGCCUGGCCUCCAGCAGCCCAUGUGCGGCGUUUCCGUCAACUCCAACAUGCCCACUCUGGAUCCCUCUUUGUUCAAAAUUGAAUCUUAA